UGUGUGAUUAGUGACGGAGAAAACCGAGUUUUGGACAUGCUGAGAAGGGUCUGCAGUCUGCAAUUUCAUAGCAAAAGUUGGACCACGUCACACUAUUUUGUUUUCUAUAGAGAGAGAGAAAGUAGCAGCAGAGAAUGAAUGAGAACCCCGCCUUCUCUUCUUUCCCUCACAAUUGACUCUGCCCUCAUUAACCUCCUCAAUAUCUCCGAUCUCUCCUUCUUACCCGAACACAUUCUCCUUGAGCUCUUUACGAGAACUCUGAGAGCUGGAAAGCUGAAUGAGAAGGUUUUGAAGCUGUUCAUGGCAACUGGCAAAGAAGAAAUCCUUUCUCUCAUCCGGGCACUUAACAUCCAGCACAUCCUCACUCCUGUCCUUCCUACUAUGAGCGUCAAGGACAAUGAAGUUGACAUUGUGAUUGGUGCACUCCACUCUGAUCUUACUUCCUUCAUGGACGAGUGGAGACCUAUAUUCUCCCGGUUCCACCUGAUAAUUGUCAAGGAUCCCGAACUUGAGGAGGAACUCAAAAUACCAGUUGGCUUUGACCAUGAUGUCUAUACUAAGUCUGACAUACACAAAGUUGUGGGCUCUUCUUCUACUGCUGUUCUCUUCUGUGGUUACUCAUGCCGAUAUUUUGGCUAUCUUAAAUCCCGGAAGAAAUAUAUUAUUUCAGUUGAUGAUGACUGUGUCCCAGCCAGGGACAAUCAGGGCAACUUAGUAGAUGUUGUGGCCCAGCAUAUUGCUAACCUUACAACCCCAGCUACUCCUUUUUUCUUCAAUACACUCUAUGACCCUUAUCGGAAGGGAGCAGAUUUUGUACGUGGUUAUCCAUUUAGCUUGCGGAGUGGGGUGACAUGUGCUUUGUCAUGUGGACUGUGGCUAAAUGUAGCAGAUUAUGAUGCACCAACGCAAGCCCUCAAGCCAGGACAGAGGAAUUCUCGUUAUGUUGAUGCAGUUCUGACCGUACCUGCUAGGACGAUGAUGCCUGUGAGUGGAAUCAACAUAGGUUUUGACCGUGAGCUGGUGGGUCCUGCCUUGUUGCCCGCUUUAAGGUUGGCAAGGGAAGGAAAAUUGAGGUGGGAAACAGUGGAAGACAUAUGGUGUGGCAUGUGUGUUAAGGUAGUGUGUGAUCACUUGGGGGUUGGUGUGAAAAGUGGGCUACCAUAUGUGUGGAGAAAGGAAAGAGGUGAUGCCAUAGAGAGCUUAAAGAAAGAGUGGGAAGGGGUGAAGCUGAUGGAGGAAGUGGUCCCCUUUUUUCAGUCAGUGAGGUUGUCCCAAACAGCAGUCACAGCGGAGGAUUGUCUGGUUGAGAUGGCUGCAGCAGUGAAGGAGCGGCUGGGCCCAUUGGAUCCUGUGUUUGCUAGUGCUGCACAAGCCAUGGUGGAGUGGGUCAAGCUCUGGAAGGCAGUCAGAGCUGGAUCGUCAGCAUCAACUGCCUAAAGGGCGGUAAUAGUUUGUUCUUCCCCCCUCCCCCGCCCCCCCGGGCGAGACUUCCGAAUUUCAUAUGAUACCUUUUUGGAUCUCCUUUUAUUACUAAUUCAUACUACAUGGGAGUUUGGAAAUAAUAAUUUUAUUCAAAAUGUUAUAGAGAUAACAGCAGAUAUCUUCUGGUUUGCUUUUAGUUAUUAUGUAAGACACUACAAUUUGGUCAAGUUAAUUUUAUUAUGCUGGCUUUUGGUGUAAA